UUGGCUCUGCGCUGUGUCCGCGCAGGUCCCGCCCCUCGGCCUCCGCGAGCCAAUCGCAGCCCGGGGCGGGUACUGAGGGUAUAUAAAGCAGCUCGGCGGCGUCCUGGCUCUCUCCCGGGACGGCGAAAAAGUAGGUGCGCAGGUUUGGGGAGCCGCCCCUGGAACCGGAGCUGUCGUGUCCCCCUCCUCUUUUAAUUUACCGUUGCCAACAAUAAAGGCCUUUCCUGCCGUAGUAAGUGUGUGUCCGCGUUUUUUCCAUGGUUGUCAUUAGGCUGUUCGCGUUAUCCCACAAAGCGGAAUUUGCAACCUUUCUCUUGGACCUCAGGCUCCUUCGGGAGUGCGGGCGACAUUUCGCAGAAGGUUCUCUGGCCGACCUUGCCGGGAUCUCCAGAUGGCCGCGCUGCGAGCAACUCUCCACGUGGCGACCCUGGCGGUUGGGGCGCGCCGAGCUUUGUUGGGUAGGGAAGGCUCCCUGGCUGGUAACUGCCUGGCCCACCGUCGCCUCUGGGAUAAGCUCCACAGCGGUCCCCGAGUCGGCAGCGUCCCCACGUUCGACUGGUUCUUUGGGUAUGAGGAAGCCCAGGGGUUCCUACUGCCGCUGCUGCAGGAGGCACAGGCUGCCUAUCCACUGCGGGUGUUGGACGUGGGCUGUGGGACCUCCAGCCUAUGUACAGGUCUCUACACCAAGUGUCCAAUUCCCGUGGAUGUGCUGGGGGUGGACUUCUCUCCUGUGGCCGUGGCCCACAUGAACAGCCUCCUGGAAGGUGGCCAAGACCAAAAACCCCUGUACCCUGGGCACCCUGCCUCUCGACUACAGUUCAUACAGGCUGAUGCCCAGAACCUGGAGCCCGUGGCUCCCUCAGGCUCCUUCCAGCUAGUGCUGGAUAAGGGCACCUGGGAUGCUGUUGCCCGGGGUGGUCUGCCUGGGGCUUACCAGCUUCUGUCAGAAUGCCUAAGGGUCCUAAGCCCCCGGGGGACCCUGAUUCAAUUCUCCGAUGAGGACCCUGAUGUGCGGCUACCCUGCCUGGAGCAAGGGUCCCAAGGCUGGACUGUGACUGUGCAGGAGCUAGGCCCUUUCAGGGGCAUCCCCUACUUUGCUUACUUGGUUCAAGACUCUCAUUAAAGACUUUAGUUCUAACUCUAAUUUUUCUGUUGGGUGAGGAAAGAGGUGAAGAGAAUUUUUUUCUUCUUUGUAUGAUGUCUGGGAAGUGAGGAUCUUCGGGCUGGCCUCCAUAUUUUCUAGCCGCGUGCACAUAUUUUUGAAUGUCUCCAUGCCCCAGUUUACACCUCGGCAAGGUAGGAAUAAUAAUAGGUGGAGUUGGGAUUACAUACAAUGUCAGGUGAAACAUUUAGCACUUAGCAAUGCCAGCCAGGCACAAGAUGAGUGCUACCUAGAGAAGGCUUCUAACCCCUACUAACUGGAAUACCUAUGGGCACAGAUAGAGUUUCUGGGGGUUUUUUGUUUAAAGAGAGGAGUUCUUAAUCCAAAUCCCAGCACUGACUGACUGAUGUGAACCAGUGGCCCAACCUCUAAGCCUCAGUGUCCUCAACCUGUGAAAAGGGGAAGAUUGAUAGGACAGCCAGAAGGGCCUCCUAACAAACUUCACUGAAAUGUUGAAGGAGAGAGAACAGAUACUUACCCUCAAAG